CCCUGGGGCUGGGUCAGGGGCCGUUCCCCAAGCUCAGCCUCCCAGGCCUGUGGCACAGCUAUGACUGUGGGAUCCGGGGCAUGCAGCUGCGCGUCGUUCCAAGGCCAGGCCAGACAAUCCGCUUCAAGGUGCUGGACGAAUUUGGGAACCGGUUUGAAGUGAAUAACUGCUCCGUCUGCUACCACUGGGUCACCUCCACGCCCCAGGAGCUGGCCGUCUUCUCAGCCGACUACAGAGGCUGCCACGUGCUGGAGAAGGACGGGCGGUUCCACCUGAGGGUCUUCAUAGAAGCUGUGCUGCCAGAUGGUCAUGUGGAUAUCGCCCAAGAGGCCACUCUGAUCUGUCCUAAACCUGACCACACCUGGACUCCGGACUCCAGCCUGGUGGUGCCCACCACACCCUCACCUUCCACCCCUCAUCUGCUUCCCCUCCGCCCCACCUCCAGCCACCCCUCGCCUGGCUCUGGCUACGCCUUGCCCACCCCAUCGUACCCAGAACACAGUUUCGUCCAUCUGACUGCUGCUCCGCUGUCCUUCGGACCAGGGCCUAUCGGCCCCACCCUGGCGCGGCCUCAGCGGGGCACCACGGACCCCUGGGAAGUGGACGGGCCUGACUACAUUGGUGCCCACCUGCCGCAGGAGCAGUGCCAGGUGGUCUCUGGGCACAUCCCCUGCGUGGUGAGAAACAGCUCCAGGGAAGCCUGUCAUCAGGCUGGCUGCUGCUAUGACGACACCAGGGAAGUGCCCUGUUACUAUGGCAACACAGCCACCAUCCAGUGUUUCAGAAGUGGCUACUUCAUCCUGGUCAUUUCUCAAGAAACGGCCUUGGCACGCAGGAUCACAUUGGCCAACAUCCACCUGGCUUAUGCCCCUGCCAGCUGCCCCCCAACCCAGGAGACGAGUGCUUUCGUGGUCUUCCGAGUUCCGCUCACACACUGCGGCACCACGGUCCAGGCAGUUGGCAAUCAGCUCAUCUAUGAGAACCAGCUGGUGUCUGACCUUGACAUCCAGAAGGGACCCCAGGGUUCCAUCACUCGGGACAGCACUUUCCGGCUUCACGUCCGCUGUCUCUUCAACGCUGGUGACUUCUUACCCAUCCAGGCAUCCAUCUCCCCGCCCCCGUCGCCUGCCCCUGUGACUCAGUCGGGCCCCCUGCGGCUGGAGCUGCGAAUUGCCAAGGACAAGACCUUCAGCUCCUACUACGGGGAGGAUGACUACCCCCUGGUGAGGCUGCUCCGAGAACCAGUCCACGUGGAGGUCCAGCUUCUGCAGAGGACAGACCCCGGUCUGGUCCUGGUACUGCACCAGUGCUGGGCCACGCCUAGUGCCAACCCCUUCCAGCAGCCCCAGUGGCCCAUCCUGUCGGACGGGUGUCCUUUCGAGGGUGACAGCUACAGAACCCAAAUGGUAUCCUUGGACAAGGCAGAGCUGCCCUUCCGGUCUCAUUACCAGCGUUUCAUGGUCGCCACCUUUGCUUUCCUGGACUUUAGCUCCCAGAGAGCCCUCAGGGGCCUGGUCUACUUCUUCUGCAGCGCCUCUGCCUGCUACCCCUCGAGGCUGCAGCCAUGCUCCCCCACGUGUGCCUCGGGGACUGCAAGACAGCGACGAUCCUCAGGUUACCACAACAGCACCACCAGGCCCGUGGACAUCGUAAGCUCUCCAGGACCCAUUGGCUUCCGGGACUCUUAUGGAUGGAGGACCACAGCAGGCUCCAGCAGGAACUCCAACCCAAGGCCACUCCUCUGGGUCCUCCUCUACUGCUGGCUGCUGCGUCUGUGGGCCUGAGGGGGGCCUGGGCUCAGAGUCUGAGAGGCACCCAAUAAACCAUUGUU